AAUAAUAAUAAUAUAAUGAAACACAUCCACCCCUCCUGUGACUAAAGUCUAUAUAUAGUUUAGAUGUCAAUGACAAAUUCCAUAAACUGAACUUAUGGCAAUGGCACCACAACUCUUGCUACUUGGCCUGUUCAUUAAUCUACUCAUAUUCACAGAUACACAAGCACAACAGAUCGGAGUAUGCAACGGCCGGCUAGGCAAAAAUCUUCCAUCGGAAGAAGAGACAGUAAACUUUUACCAGAGGAACGGCAUAACCAGGAUGCGAAUCUACGAUCCAAAUCCAGUCACUCUCCGAGCCCUCCAGAGAACCAACAUCGAACUCAUACUUGACGUUCCAAAUAUUGAACUUGAGUCCCUCACAAAUCCAUCCAAUGCAAGAACUUGGGUUCAAAACCACAUUCAAAACUACCCCGAAGUCAAAUUCCGGUACAUCGCCGUCGGAAACGAAGUCGACCCAAACAGUGAUAACACUGUUAACCGACAAUAUGUCACCUUCGUACUUCCGGCGAUGCAAAAUGUUCACCGAGCUAUUGUAGACGCGGGAUUAGAUAAACAAAUCAAGGUCUCAACAGCAACCUACGCAGGUCUGUUAGAGAACGCAUAUCCUCCAAGCGAAGGCGUGUUUUAUAAAAACGUGACUAAUACAUUUAUCGGGCCGAUUAUUACGUUUCUAGCUCAAAACAAUUUGCCAAUGCUUGCCAAUAUCUACCCCUAUUUUGCUUGUCAGCGUAGCGCUGAUGUAAAUCUCCAGUAUUCAUUGUUUACAUCGGGUCCAUUAGUGCCAGAUAAGGAUUUAAUGUAUUCUAACCUUUUUGACGCCAUGUAUGAUGCUCAUUAUGCGGCUCAAGCACGUCUUGGUGGAGAGAAUGUGGAGAUUGUUGUGUCGGAGAGUGGAUGGCCGUCGUAUGGUCAUCGUGUAGCGACACCGGAAAACGCCAGAACUUAUUAUCGGAAUUUGAUUGCACAUGUGAAACAGAGGAACGGGACACCGGCGAGGCCUAGAAGAUUUAUAGAGGUGUAUUUGUUUGCCAUGUUUGAUGAGAAUUUGAAAACUGGAGAUGUCGUAGAGAGGAAUUUCGGGCUUUUCUAUCCCGAUCAACGAUCCAAGUAUCAACUUGGCUUCUGAUUACCAAAUCCAUUAUAUAGUCUAAUUAAUGGGUUUUCUGUAAUAUUUAAUGAAUAAAUCAUGUAAUAAAAAACUCUUAUUGCUUGGA